UUUAUUGUAGGUUAAAUAAAUUUAAGAUAAGACAAUUAUUGACUAGUAAGACACGACUAUGGCAAAUUUUAGAAUUUAUGCAGAUGGUUUGAUAUGUCUUUCCACAGUGCUUCUUCCGAUGCUUAUGAUACCGGAGCAUGUUGGGGCCCUUGAGUGUUUUGACUGUGUGAACAUUACUGAAUACAACAAAUGUAAUAAAACAAAAAUUUGCAAUGAUAACGAGUCUUGCUACAAAGAGUCAACAAUAUCUGGACAAACCAAGGUCAUGACUUUAGGAUGCACAGAUAAUAUGCAUUGCAGGUUUCAUGCAAGCUCUGCAGGUAGUUUAGUUGGCCGAGACAUUGACAAAAGACAAGACAACCGUUGUUAUGAAUGUUGCGCUACGGAUCACUGCAAUGAGUUACUGUGCUCUCAUCGAAAACCGACCCAGUGCAUUGAUGACGAGACAGUAGAUUGUCCAAAAAUGGAGUCAAUAUUUGGAGUAUGUAGGGACGUUUCUCGUGCAAAAUUGUUGUGUCCGAAAUUUUGUGGACUCUGUGAUGUUGUUGAUGGUGAGUGGGCGGAUUGGACACAGUGGUCCGUAUGCAGUGUUACAUGUGAAGUCGGAAAACAGGUACGAUCUAGAACCUGUUCAAAACCAUCACCUGCGCACGGUGGUCAAGAUUGUAUCGGAAAUAAAACAGAAGCCAAGGGCUGUCAGAAACAACUUUGUCCAGUUCAUGGAAAUUGGAGUGUGUGGUCACAGUGGGGUACCUGUUCUGUCACAUGUGAUAUUGGUGUUCAAACUCGCCGAAGAACCUGCACAAAUCCAUCACCUCAAAGAUUUGGAGACCAUUGUUUUGGGGUGAAUAUGGACAUUCAGCUUUGCAGGCCCUUAGCAUGCAAUGAUGGUGGAUGGACAAACUGGGAACAUUGGGGUAGCUGCAGUGUAACGUGUGGUGAUGGUUUUCAUACAAGGUCAAGGUCAUGUACAAAUCCUAAACCAUCAGUAAUUGGACAAUAUUGUGUCGGGAAAUCAUUUGAUGUUGAACAGUGCAGUAACGCUGUUUGUAAAGAAAAUAAAGCAGUGUCAUUUUUGUCAGCUUUGAACGAUACGCAUACUUACCAACCUGGUGAUAAAGUUAUAUUUGAUGUCGUCAAAGUUAAUCAAGGUUCGGCUUACAAUGCUACAAAUGGAACCUUUACAGCACCGAGAAAUGGAAUGUACCAGUUUAGCUUAACUUUGACUAGUCAGCCAAACCAGAAUUAUUCUAUCAUGCUUGUUAAAAACCAGCAUACAAAUGAAUUUUGUUACUUAUAUACCGAAAACGAAAACCACUGGCAACAGUCAAGUACUUCCAGUAUAGUCCAGUUAAAUGCUGGAGAUAGAGUCUGGGUUGUCAGUUUGAGAUAUAGCCAAAUAUAUGGUCAUCGUAUACAUGAUUAUUUGUUAGCAUAUAAUUCAGUUUUUUCUGGUUUCUACAUCGGCGGAUACUAAUCAGUAUAAAAAUAAUCAAAGGGUUUUAUUUUGAAACAUUAAAUGACAACACGAGGUAAAGAAUAUUUCCACUGUAUUAAUCAAUUCAAAAAAAUCCUCUCACACAGUACGUGUUUCUUUUAUCUUACUGUCACCCGGAAUCAUAAUAAUUGAAGAAAUCUGUUGAAUAUUUAACUUAACGUAUUUCUAUCCCUUUGCCACUGUUUUCUGUGAAUGAAGUUGACACGAGUUUCAAUAGUGUAACUUGGAAGGGACAAAUUUAGUUCAGAAAUUGUAUCAUCAUUAUUAAACAUUCCUUAUCAUAGCAAAGAAAAAAUAAUACAAGAGACACGCGAUUCUAUGUUGUGAGAAUAAUACAUUUUCAUUGCAAAUUUAUUUACAACUUUCAACUUAUAACAGUAACUAUAUAUCGCCUGUUUAAUGUCAAUGUAUUCAGUUAACCGAUAAUUCUAAUUUUUGGUGGGGGAGGGGAGUGGGCAUUAGUCAACAAUGCCAAAUGAUGACGGAGUGACUUUUGUCCUAUCCGAAAAGUUUAUCAGGAACUUUUGUCCGCCUUGUUACUUUUAUGAGUCAGAAUUUUUUACAGCAUUUCUGCAGCACUGCUACAGUUUUACAAGCAGUGCAAAUCACAUAUGUAUAUUACGGUUAACAAUAGUAACAGUACAAGCAUUCUUUGAAUGUAAUACCAGAAAUACUUAAAAUAAAUACUUGCUCUUCUUUUAAUGCUACUUUUUGUGGGUUGUAUUGGUGUAGGAGACUUCGGAUUAAAAUCGCGGCGUUUGGUCCUCACAUGUACGCCAGCUUCCAAUUACCACUGCAAAAUUGUUCACUGUUUGAUUAAGUCACAACUUAGCGAUUCGAUUAUCAAGGUGACGUUAUACCAGGCAUUUAAAUUCCAAAUAUCCAUGCGAUUGACGAUAUCUUAUUCAUUAUACAUGUAUAUGAACCUGCAUGUGGAAAAAAGUGUUUUCUUCUGUGCAAUUUUUAUAACAGUAACCCACAAAAACAUCUGUCAAACUCUUUUUGCAAUGUCUUUCUUCCUUAGUAACAUAACCAAUAAUAUAUUGUCAUUUCUCACAUUUUGUGUGUACGAAAAUACAAUAAAAUUUUUAUAGCUGGUUGGCAUUUAUCAUUUAACAAUUUGCUGUGAAACUGACAAGACACACUACUGGGCCCAUGGAUGCAGGUCAUUGACCAUGAAGGUAUAUUCAUAUAUUUAUCAAUUAUUUUUGUGAUGAUAUACAAUUUCAGACAAGUUUCGUUUAAGUAGUACACAUAGUAAAUCAUAUCUCGUGUUGCACAAUAAACAUUCAUAUAGCAAAAUGUCUCGUUCAAAAAAAAAUCUUAUUUCAGGAAAUAAGAUUUAACAUGUAUGAAACUGACUUGAUACUCACAUUA